AUGAAGGCUUUGGUGGAGCGUGAUGAUACAGCCCUUGCGCAGCUGAACGACGAUGAACUUCAGGCACUGGCUGAGCAGGUGCAGCUGCAAGAGGAGAUCGAACAGUUUGAUUUGUCGAGCAUCGAUGCCUUCGCCUACGUCCUCCUGGCAAAGAUGGGUUCCUUCAAGAGGGCCUUCAAUUGGUUCGAUUUCAACUGUUCUAAGAAAAUCACGAAUGUCACCUGGGACACAGGUAUCCUGCUGCUCCAUGUGGAUACGGAGAAGCUGACCGGGUUAAAACCCAGCAACCUCUUCUACCGCAUGGACACGUGCACCGAGGAUCCACCCACCGGAAUGAUCACGAGGAAGAAGUGGAAGCAGUUCUUUAGCGGCUUCCAAAUUCCGGAAGAACUCAAGAAGCAGCUCGAGGAGGGAAGAAGCUUGCGAAAGAGGGCAGCAGCCCGAGCGAAGCAAUACCGGAGAAGAGGAAGCCUCUUCCGAGGAGACCGAGGACAACGCCUGGCAGUGCAGAGGAGGGACUCUGAGGAAGAAGAGGUGGAAGAAACGGAAGAGGAAAACUACAGGCGCGGCGUGCUGCGUGAGAGCCUUCUGAAUCCAUUUCGGCGCCGUCAGAUCAUGAUGGAAAUUGCCGAGGUGUAUGGCCUCUACACACUCUCUGCGGCGGGGAUUGGAAGGAUGCCACCCCGUAACAGCAAGAGCCUGGAGCGCGCCCCUGGGGUCCUUGAAUCAGGGAUCAUGCCGGAACCUGGUUGCAUGAGGAUCUACAACAUGAAGUCGUUCUCGGGAAUCAUGAUCGACAAGUUCGAAACUAUGAGAUCAGGGAGUCGCCUCGUGGUCAACGACAUGGGCUUCACUGAAGCGCAGAAGGCCGUGGCACACCUGCUGGCACUGGAUCGGACGCUCGUGGCCGUCUUCGAAAAAUGGGGCGCCGGCGAGCGCCUGGUUGUUCACCACACUGGAUCCUUCGCGUCGGGCGUGAACUCUCAGUUGGACGCGCUCCAUGAGGGUGAUGCCGUGACCUUGGACGCCAAUCUGUCUAAGAUCGAGAUGAGAUACGUCCAGGCACAAGCCGCCAAGAUGGGAAUGACCGUCGUUCGACAGAAGAACGACAAGGGGGAGGAGACUAUCAAGGUCUUCAACAUGAACGAGUUUGCAAAUACCGUCCGGGAGAAGCUCGCCGAUGUCGGUGUGGGCAAUCGGGCCGUCUUCAAAGACUUGUGCAUCCAGGAGCGGCAGGUGGUCCACAGCGUCGCAGUCGAGAUGGGCUUGCAUAGCAUGGACGGAGAAGAAGGUGAUGACCUCAAGAACGUGAUUGUGUUUUCCGAUGUGGAGUUCCAGGCAGAGCAGGCUGCGCGGAUGUCCCAAGCAGCAGAUGGAGGCAGUGGCAACUUCAUCCUUCCGCAGACAGCCCAGCAGCAGAAGGACUUCUGGGCGAUGGCGGACAAGAACGGCCUGUCACUGGAUACUAGCUUCCAUGGGUCCGGAAAGAGUCGCUUCGAUUUCAAGGGUGGCGAUGUGGUGCAUCUGGCAACGGUAAAGUCGCGAAGUGGCUCCAGCGCUAGCGAUGGCGACGCAUGUGACGAGAAGCCUGGUCCUGCUGGCUCAG